AAGGCAGCAACCUAGAAAUGGGUGAACGACAACAACAAGCUCCCCGUAACACCCUCCGAACUUUGGCCCAGCCAGUUAUCGGGCCAGUCACUUCAUGCAUCCGUUUGCCGGACGCUGCACGAAACUACGAGCUGAAAAUGAUUCACUACAAUCAGCUGCCGGCAUUCCACGGGCUUCCAAGCGAGGACCCACUCAACUUCAUUCGAGAAUUUUACAAUGUCCUUAACACCUUCCCUCUCGGUGAGCUUAAUGACGAGCAGUUUAAGAUGCGGUGCUUUCCUGAGACACUGAAGGAUCGGGCCAAGGCCUGGUUCAUGACGCUUGCACCUGGUUCUCUAACCACUUGGACCGAGGUGUACUCGAAAUUCAUUGGGAGUUUCUACUCCCAUCAAAAGACCCAGGAGCUUCGGUCACAGAUCGUCUCAUUUGCUCAACUACCGAAUGAGUCUCUUCAUGAGGCUUGGGAGCGGUUCAAGGAUCUCCAACGGCAAUGCCCCCAUCACAGCCUCUCUCCGGGGCUACUCAUGAACUGCUUCUAUGAUUCCAUCCACCAGAACUUGCAGUAUAUGGUCGACAACGCGACAGGAGGUGAUAUCGGAGCAAGGACAGCCGAGGAGAUAUUUGAAAUAUUUGAGACAAUGAGCACUAACUCGUCACAGAAGAGCACUCAAGGGAGGAGAGUAAUGGUGAACGAGGUCGGAACAGGCAAUGAUUUGGUGGCCCAACAGCUAGCUGAGCUUACUGAGCAGAUGAGGUUGCUUACCGCACGAGGAUCCCAGCCGGUUAAUACUUUCGCUGUUGAUACAUGCGGGGCGUGUGGAGUCUCAGGGCAUAGGUCCGAAGUAUGCCCCUCAUCAUUCAGGCAGGAUUCUGGGGAGCA